AUGACGAGCCAACAAGAUACCCCCACAGCUCUAACUCCUACUGCUUCCACUUCUCGUACUUCUUCUACCAUCAUCACCCCCGCUCAAUCUGAUUCAGCUUCUGUCCCAGCUUCUGCUGCCGCUGCUCCAUCUUCCCCCACGCCUCAAGCUGAACUCAUCCCCGCAGAGGACCCUGGAGAUAACCUCGAUCAUGACACCUUUGACGUUGACUCGGCCCUCGGGUCAGACGCCGCCAGCUAUCUAUAUCCCGAAUCAAUAGCAGCAAGUAUCCUCGAAUAUAGAACCAUUCAAGGCCGCACUUAUCACAGUGACCGGCAUGCUGCCGAUUACUUCACUCCCAACGACGAGCAGCAACUCCAGUCCGUCGAUAUCACACACCACUACCUCACCAUCCUCCUCGACAACAAGCUCUUUCUAGCACCCAUAUCACCUUAUGUCCAGACAGUUCUAGACGUUGGGACAGGAGAUUUUGCAGACGCAUACCCCAGUGCCCAAGUCGUCGGCUCAGACCUCUCGCCCUGCCAGCCAGAAUGGGUCCCUCCAAACGUACGUUUCGAAAUUGCAGAUGCCACUCUCGAGUGGCCCUGGAAGGAUGACUACUUCGACUUUGUCCACAUACGCUACCUGUUUGGCGCCAUUCAAGACUGGUCAGCACUCUUCCGCGAAGCAUACCGCUGUUGCGCACCUGGCGGAUGGGUCCAGUCAUGCGAAGCCGACAUUCAUUUCUACUCCGACGACGGGACUACCGAUAACGAACCCGCCCUCAAGACGUGGAAUGACCUGUACGAAAGCGGUGGUAUCGAGACAGGGAGGCCGUUCUUUCUCCAACGAGAGGCGAUGCAAGAGCGGAGUAUCACCGAGGCUGGCUUCACCGACGUCAGAAUAUUUGACUACAAACUACCGGUCGGCGGCUGGCCAAAUAAUCGCAAACUCGCCGAGACGGGCGAGUAUGUCAGGUUGACCAUGGAGAACGAUCUUGAAGGGUACACGUUUUACCUUUGGCACCAUGUCCUCAACUGGUGUCGGGAAGAGUAUACGCAGUUCCUUGCUUCCAUGCUCAAGGCGUUGGCUAACCGCAGAGUGCAUGGGUAUAUGAUGGUGCGAUACGUAUACGCUCGGAAGCCAUAG